GCUAUCGAUAGGUUUUGAGGGCUGCAUAACCGUUGUUUGUGGUCGAUAACUGGCUCAGUAUAACCUCAAAACUGGAGUCCACAAAGAUUCGGUUAAGUUCCAGAUUUUAGCCACACGAAGUGGGUGUCCAGGACUUGACCGGCCACCUCCACCCACCCGCCAUGAACAGCCUUGUGCGACGCACCCAGCAGCUGAGCCUUUGGCGCACAUAUUGCGUAAAAUACAGCGCUCCGGAGGCGUCGUCUCCCAGCCGGAAUGCAGGAAGGUCCAAUUACGAGGAGUUCAUUGGCCACCACCAGCGGCAGGCCCAGCGCAGCAUUGUGGUCCAGGUGAGCUCCGAGAAGUCGUACGCGGAGUUGUAUAACUACUGCAGCCGCUUCGGCUCAAUCCUGGCUGCCCACCACUACUGUGUCCGCCAGGACGAGGCCCUGCACUACGUCCUGCUAGAAUAUGCUGCUCCGGACGAGGCGGCGGCGGCCAUUGAUGCCGGGGUGAGCAACGGCGAGCUGGCCGGAGUGCCCGUGCGAUCACCCUUCCUUUGGUUCCGCGCGGCGGCCGCAGGAGGACGACGUGGCCCCAAGUUGGCUCCCAACCUCCAGCUGACCCCGCCCAACCUGCUCUCCCUCGACGGCACCCGGCAAAUGGAGCAGGCCCAUCUGUUGGCCAUGAUGCGCAGUGCGCCGGGCAUCGAGGAGCAGGUGCAGCUCCUGCACGAGCACACACGACUGAACGAGCUGGGCAUCCGCAUGCGUUUCCUGGCCGCUCUGCAAGUGCAGCUGGCCAUUGCCGGCAUGUUCCCCGCCGCCCAGGCCCAGCCCUUUGGCUCCUCCGUGAACGGAUUUGGCCGCAUGGGCUGUGACCUGGACCUUAUCCUGCGCUUCGACAACGACAUGGGGGUCAGGAGCCCGCUGGAGGCGUCGGCGGAGCCCUCUCGGCUGGUCUACCACACCAAGGAGAACCUGAGCAACGGCCGUUCGCAGACCCAGCGACACAUGGAGUGCUUCGGAGACAUGCUCCAUCUGUUCCUGCCGGGCGUUUGCCAUGUGCGCCGCAUCCUGCAGGCAAGGGUGCCUAUAAUCAAGUACCGGCACGAGCACCUGGACCUGGAGGUGGACCUGUCCAUGAGCAACCUCACUGGUUUCUACAUGUCGGAGCUGCUGUACAUGUUCGGCGAAAUGGAUCCGCGCGUGCGUCCGCUGACGUUUGGCAUCCGGCGCUGGGCGCAGACCAGCGGCCUAACAAAUCCCUCCCCCGGUCGCUGGAUCAGCAACUUCUCGCUGACCUGCCUGGUCAUGUUCUUCCUGCAGCAGUUGCGCCACCCCAUCUUACCCACCAUUGGAGCGCUGGCGAAGGCGGCGGAGCCGGGGGACUCGCGAGUGACCGAGGACGGGAUCAGCUGCACCUUCGCCCGGGACAUGGAGCGAGUGGGCUUCAAGAGUCGCAACCAGAGCACGUUAAGCGAACUGCUGCUUCAGUUCUUCGAGUUCUACUCGCAGUUCGACUUCCAAAACCGGGCCAUCUCGCUGAACGAGGGCAGGGGUCUGUCCAAGCCGGACCACUCAGCCAUGUACAUUGUGAAUCCGCUGGAGCAGCAGCUCAACGUGAGCAAGAAUGUGAGCCUGGAGGAGUGCGAGCGGCUGCGCAUUGAGGUGCGGAAUGCUGCCUGGGUUCUAGAAUCGGAGGUGGAGAGCGCCUCGCUUCCGGAGGGCGAAGGCGAACGCCAGGAGCUCUCCUGGGGCCUGCUGAACCUGUUCAAGCACCCCGAGAAGGCAGUCAUCCGACCGAACAUGUUUUUCAAGCCGCGCAUGGUGGAGGUCAGCGAUCUGUUCGAGGAGAAGGAGGCGGCGGGUCCAAUGUCCACGUCAGCAAUCACCUACAAGAUCGGCUCUGUGCGGCAACAGGUGCAAAGCAUCAAGGCAGCCACCCGCUCCGAACUGAAGCAGCUUCGUGGAUCAGCGAGCUCUGCUUCGACGAACAGUCCCAAGAAUCGGCGGAGCAGCAGGUGAUGCUACUGAAACUGGCACUGCUCGUGUACAUACGUAGAAUUAACCACAAAUCCACAUCCAGUUGGCCUAACUGAAUGUUGUUCAUACUGUCAAACCUCCUGUUGUUAAGUAAGCUUAAGUCUAGAAUCGCGCCAAUGUAUUUAAAUCGAUUUUUGUAUGACGAAUGACAUCAAAUUAUCAAGCCAGUAAGAGAUUUGUAAGCAUUAGUUUGAAACAAGUCAUAAUGAGUCUAAGAGAUUAAUCGUUAAU